AUGGAAGAUAUAAUAAAUGAUUUGAUGAUAUUGUCAUUAACAAAACACAAAAGUGAUGACAACUUCAAAAAAUUUCAGGAUUAUGUGGAAGGACUUUCUUACGAACAAAUUGAAGAUAUCCUUUCAGACCGAAUUUUGAAUUCGGAUGCACCACAAUUAGUGAACAAUAUAUUCUUAGGCUUAUCUCAGAAAACUGCCUCUCAAAAGAAGAGAAUUAAAAUAUUUGAACACCUGUUCACUGAAAUUCAUACAAAAAAUAUACCUGCUAAAAAUGCUACCGCUAUUGUCUCAUGGCUUGUUAUUGAACUUGAUAAGAUGUCAGUUACUCAUCUUAUCCGUAUCUGCGAUUUAUGUGUUGAAUAUGUAGCUAAAAGUGAAACACCCCAGCAGACAAGUUGGAAGGAUAUCCUGCCAAAAAUUUUGAGUUUGCUGGUUGGUAAAAAGGAAGUUGAUCAUUAUGGCAGUGAAAUGUCUGGAGAAGAAUACAAGAGCCAAGUUAUAACAACUUUAGCUCAGACCAAAUGGCAUAGCGAAAUAUUGUCAUCGAUAGCUGACAUGUUUAUGCACAUUUCAAUGACUGUCGAAGAACAAAAUAAAAUAUUAGGGAAGUUUUUAACAAGUAUGAAACAUCUUAAAGCUUCAGAAAUUCCACCAUUUGGUCACAACUUGCUGUUGCUCAGUAAAACAAAUGGCAUCGUAUCAGUAUUGUUUGCUUUGAAUAGCUAUUAUCAUGAAAAUUUGUACAACGAUGAAGGAGAAAAUAAUGAAAUACAACGUGAUAAGAAAGACCUGACUGAAAGCGAAUGUGUCAUGCUGUACCACAUAGAAGAGACCGUGAAACGCCAUUCGAGCGCCGCUGCGCAAAUCCUUAAAUAUGCGAAGCUUAGUGCUUCUGCUCCUCACCUCUGGCUUCAGCCAUUUCUUCUGGCUUCUCUUCUCACUCUUUCAAAUGUACCUCCUAACGGUCCUCAGGUUUUAGAUCUCAUAAAAGGUAUGGUGUUAAGAAUCCUACAAGAAGAAAAUGAAAUGCUGGAAUCUGAUUGGUUGAGAAAAUUAGAAAUGGAUACUUGUGAUGUGGAAGCUGUUUUUACAAAACUCAUCAAAAGCAGUGUUUGUGGACAGGAAGGUGUACUUCGAGGUUUAGUCAACAUGUCAAUGUGUCUACUUGGAAAGACAAAAGAUGGAGCAGGAAAAAAAGUCGCACGAAUUGGAAGAAUGAUUGCUGUCAAUCUUUGUAUGAAACACCCCUAUAUUGCAGGAAUUCUUAUUUCUACGAUAACUGAUAGUAUCAUCGGGCAGCCCCAUGUAACCCAGUUUACAGAUUGUUUUUGUGAGCUGUGUGAUACUAACCCAUUGGCUGUGCUGGAAUUCCCUCAUUCGAUCGGAAGAUUGCUAGAAGAGCUGCCUGAGCUGCCGGAAGUCGCUGCUUAUAGAUUGACAACCGCUAUCGUCUCCCUUAUAAAAGUGUCUCACAAGAUUCGAGAUUCACUCAUCCUAGUUUUAAGAAAGGCACUGUUUGCACACAACAUGAAUACUCGAAAGGUGGCCGUAAUAGGCUUUCUACAACUUUUGAAAAGAUUAAAAAUGAAAGGAUUUGUUACGCUAAGCCAGAACAGUUUUCAGACCUACACCUGCCCUAGUAUAUUUACUCAGAAUCGCCUUGAAGUUCACAGCCAGCAGAAUGGUGCUAUUAAUUCUCAUAACAAUGAAGGCAUAUGUUUCGAAGUUGUGAAUAUUCUCAAGCGAUGUUUCGUUCAACAAGUGGAAGUAAAACUUUGCUUGUACGAAGGAAUUACACGAGCACUUCUUCAAAAUCCAGAACUAUGCCUUCCAACAUCAGAGAUUUUUCUGACUCAUCUCAGUCAGUAUUAUGAUCCCGAUACUACAGUGUUACCACCACUAAAACUCGGUCAAGCAGUAUCUAUUAAAAAUGAUAAAGUUAUUAUAAAUGAGCCUUUGGGUCAUUUAAUAUUUGUCGUGCAACAAAUUAUUAUCACAUCAAAUCAGCUGAUGUCAAGUAUGGAAGAUGAUUACGAAUAUAGACAAAAUAGAGAAAGGCUGUUCACUAUAAUGGAUUCCCUUGUUACCAGGUUCUCAAGUUGUACUCCCAAAAAUCUUGAUUUAGAGGAAGAUGCAGAAAGCCCUCUGGAAGAAAGUUUAAAAGUCGAGACCUUAAAGCAAGGACUUUCCAUCUUUGAGGCCCUCCUCGCUUACUUUCUGUGGAAAUGGGAUCUCAACAUAACUGUCGAGACGAUGGGUCCUUUUCUUGCUUUGUAUCGUGCUCACUCGGGUCUUUUGGACUUUGCCAAGAGUUACAAACCGAAUAAGAAAGAAGGAGAAAAGAAAGCAGCGAGAGGAGUCCCAAAAAAAGCUUCAGUGUUUAUUCCCCCUCCUACGGUUCUUGAUUUCGAAACAGUUCAAAGACUUUUGACACUUUUGAUAUGUGAUUCAGUGGAUUGGUGCGGAGAUGAUGUACUAGAAGAUCUGAAGGGUCGUCGGCCCAUUCAUCGCUAUGCAAUGGGAACUUGUGCUAGUGUUUUAGAAAAAACAAAGGAGCAACUUGAACAUUACAAACCUAGAAGUGUCUACACGAACCUAGUCGAAUUGGGAAAAUUAUUGUUCGAGAGGGUGAUGAAAGCUAUUCCUAAAAUGAUGGAAUUUGAUCCUGCGACAGCAAUACUUGCAAUUGAAAAUUUCACCGAAGUAUUCUCACUAAUCACAGAGCACUUCAGCGUUAAACUCUCUGCUUUCCUUUCUGAAGCUUGUGGAGUAGAAGAAAGUGAAGGUCUUAAUAACCAACUAGAAAGGAUUUUAAAAUGCUAUUUGAAAUCUCUUGGUCAAAUUUUGGAUAUGGAAGAGGAAGAAGAAGAUGCGAAUCAUAAGAAGCUAUUGUCAGUUUUGAUAAAUGGUGUUAACAUUUUAUGUCUUCAGCUCCCUGUCUCCGGCCAGUGCGUUGUAAAAGUACAUGCUUGGUUGGGAGAGGUGAUCGAGAAAAGAGCUAUCGACUCAGUCGCAGACACUAAAUGUAUUCUCACUCUGCUCAUAAGAUUGAGCCAGAGAAUUAAAUCCGAUUCUGCUCUUUACGACAAUUUGGGCCUUCAUCUUUGUCAACUUUAUGGUACAAUCAAUGAGGUGGAGACGGAGAAACCAGAUUGCGAAUUUUGUUCAGUUACGGAACAAACAAAGGCUAUUGUCUUACCUUUGCUUUGUAACUCACUAAAUACACGUCUCUCAUCAUUUGACUGGCUUAUACAGCGGACAAAGGCGGAAUAUGUCAUAUACUUUUCUGGACAAAGUAUAAUAAACAAUCCAGAAGGUAAACUAAAGCUGAAGAGAGUCGAGAAAGAAGCUGUAAUUCAGGCAGGUUUCAUUUCUUCGACAGCCCAGAUCCUCACCACGAUCAGUUGUGCCACUAACGCAGAACUGUUGUGUAAGACUUUGCAUCAUCUAUACUCCAGCCUUAGUGCCCUCACUAAGUAUUUCCAAGGGAGGUCUACCAAUAUCAAUCCCGCAUAUCAAGAAGCGAGAUUUGGAAAAUUAGUAAAACUUGCAGCAUCACAUCUUUCUACACAGGUGGCAGACUUCCUCUUGCAUAUCGAAUCUGUGGAUAGUGUUGCGGGAGAAGAGGAGAAGAAAAUUUCUGCCAAAAUUCUUCGCCAAGCUAAGAAACAAACUGUUUACAUUCCAAAACUUGUCGCUGAACUUGAAAACUUCACCAAAUGUGUAACCCAAUUAUCAAUCAAAUGCAAGGAUCCCUCAUUGUCAUCUAAUUUAAAACUUACUACAACAAGAGAUUUUCGUCUGAAUACUAAGCGAUUAGAAGAAGUAAUGAAGAGGCAGCACGAGGAAUCAGAUGAAGAAACAAAUGAUACAACUGCAACUACACAGCAAUCUAUUUCAGUCGGUGGUGGAACAGCUUCCCAAGCUUCUACCAGCGGAGCCAAGAAACAAACUCGCAAAAAGAAAAAGACCUAAAUUAUUUGUUGAUAUAAACAACUGAGGCCAUUAUAUAUUUCAACCAUCACAUAAUGUAUAUAUAGUUGUUAUGUAAAUAUAAAUUUUUAACUUUGUUAAUUUUUAUAUCGUUAAAAACUCUACUUGAUUUUUCUUUAAGUACUUUGUAUAUUGAAAUAAUUAUACCUUGAAUUUUACCAGUGAAUAAUUU